AUGGCAGACCGUUACAUCAACGCAGCCAAAGAUGGAUACAUUGACAUCUUAAAAGAAGCUACCAAAAGAGACCUGAACGCGCCCGACGAGGACGGAAUGACAGCGACCUUGUGGGCUGCGCAUACAGGGAACCUCGAGGCACUGAGGCUGAUUGUAGGAAGAGAAGGAGAUGUGAAUAAAGCCGACUACCAAGGAAUGACCGCCUUACACCAUGCCGCUCUGAGAGGUCACAUUGGCGUGGUCAGUUAUCUAGUCCACUGGGGUUGUAAUGUCUAUGCCCUGGACAAUGACUAUCACUCAGCCUUGGAUCUGGCUGCCUUAUACGAGCGCCAUGAAAUUGUAAGAUUUCUAGAUGCACAGCUGGCUGAGAAACUAGCUAAGAAUCCAAAACAAGUAUCCAGACUGAAAGAAGAAGCUGUGAAAGUUGUAGAAAACAACAUCAAGAGGUAUGAGAAAUUAACUGAAAAUGCUGCCAGAAAAGCUGAGAAGGAACAGAGAAGGCUGGAGUCAAAGAUUGUUCAUCAGUUAAGCCAGCAAAGUGAAACAUCUAAUGUUGAUUCCAAAACAAAACAAGGAUUCUUCAAAUCAUUAACACUUAGAAUGAAGGGUGUAUCCAUUAUUAGCAAUUCGGAUGAUGGCUCAGAAAGACAUAAGUCCCAUGUGUAUUCAGAUGCUGCAGGAAUGACUUCAUUAGGAAACAAAUCCGGAAUUGCCAAAAGAAUCCAGAUGAGACGAUUAGAAUCAUUGACACCUAAAUCUUCAGCAGGUGUACAUGAAUUUAAAGUCAGUGAUUUGGAUGACAGUGGUAACCGGACGAUUCGGUCAAUAAGUAAUGGAUUUGUGGGGUCAACAUCAGAAGUAAUGUAUGUGGCAGGGGAUAAACGGUCAAAGAAAGGGGAGCUGAGCCUAAGGAAAGGAGAUUUAUUUAGAGCCAAAAGUGAGUCAGAGUUAUUAGAUUCAGGGACAGACACCUACUAUGAAGAAGAGGAUGAUGAUACCAACAGCGGAGGAGGAAUGUUUAACAGGCCAGAAUUUGGCAGAUUGGCCUUUCUACCCAAAAAUCCAUUCCUAAACACAAUCCAGUCUUUCGAUGAUAGCUACCUACCUUCAUCCCAAACUAAAGUCAACAGUGAUAGCCAGCGUCUCUCAGGUGGAAUAGAUGAGCUUAUGGAUUCAGAGCUGGUAAAUGGCAUCACUAGUCCACAAAAGCAGUCACUACCAUGGAACCAAGAUGACUUGGGUAAUCUAGAUGAUGAUGACGAGGAUGAUCAAGAUAACAGUGAAUUGUCUGCUGUCAACAUGUUUCUCUGGUCUUGUGGGCUUGCUAGUUACUUGCAUAUUUUCUCACAAGAAAAAAUUGACAUGCAGGUAUUAACUUCAAUGACAGACUCCGAAUUAAAGGAGUUGGGGCUUCCAUUUGGGCCCAGAAAGAAACUUAGGGAUGCCAUUGCUAAAAGAAAGACAGUUUUGGAGACCCCUGCAAGGAUGAUUGACAGCCAGUUGUGA